AUGUCGGCUCCUCAGAUGGUCCAGUGCUUCGGCAAGAAGAAGACGGCCACCGCUGUCGCCCACUGCAAAAAGGGCAAGGGCCUCAUCAAGGUCAACGGCAAGCCCCUCCACCUCGUCCAACCCGAGAUCCUCCGCUUUAAGGUCUACGAACCAAUCCUCCUCCUCGGCCUCGAUCGCUUCGCUGAAGUCGACAUCCGUGUGCGCGUGACUGGUGGUGGCCACACCAGCCAGAUCUAUGCUAUCCGCCAGGCCAUCGGCAAGUCCAUCGUUGCCUACUACCAGAAAUACGUCGACGAGUUCACCAAGAACACCCUGAAGCAGGCGCUAGUGCAGUACGACCGUACCCUGCUGGUCGCCGACAACAGACGGUGCGAGCCCAAGAAAUUCGGCGGUCCCGGCGCGAGAGCACGGUACCAGAAAUCGUAUCGUUAA